AUGGGCGAGCUGGGCCGACCCGGGAGAGUGGGCCGAGGAGCUCUGCCACGCCCACCCCUCCCUUCCCGGCAACAAUGGCCGGUCCCAACGCCCGCAGUCCAGCGAGCACAACGCCGGACCCCCGGGCGCCGCCUCCUCUGCAGGAGCGGAAACCUUCACUUAGAAGGGGAGGACACAAUGGACCCCCGGGGGCCAGCCCCCCAGCCUUUCCAGCGGCCUGAGAAACCUGGUCGUGUGCGCCGUCGGAAGACCAGGCGGGAGCGCAAUGAGGCCCUGAUGGGUAACCGCCGGGCAUUGACCCGUCAGGAUCCUCCUGUGGCUAGUCAGGAUCUCCCUGUGGCCGCUACCGCUCCCAAGCUUGUGGUCAUAACCCAGGGCCGGCUGAGCCGGGAGCACUGGGGUCUCUUCAACCAUGAAGUGAAAUCUCUGGAUGUGGCACGGCUGCUUAGCUGUGAGUCCAUGGAGCCAGGCACCACUUCAUUCCCCACCAAACCCUCCCUAAGCCCAAGCCGGGUCCAAGAACCGGCCCUGCAGUCAAGGGGCAAGGAGAACCAGGUUCCUAGAGGCUCGGGCCCAGGCCCACCCAGUCCCCCAGAGAUCCCUGGCUUGGGACAGCUGCUGGAGGAGCUACAGUGCCAGCUGAUUCUGCCACAGGCCUUCCCCAGGAGGAACCUAGUGCAAGAAGCCAGGGAUGCCAUCGUGGGCACCUUACAGUCCUGCCAUGGCUGUGUGCCUGAUCUCACCCUGGUGCUCCAUGACUUCCAGCCACCCUUACCAGGGACCAAGCCUGGAGGCCCUGAAAGCCAAAGGAUGACAUCCUCCUGGAUCAGCAGCCCCGAGCAGGCCCUAGGGGAGGGGAGGCAGAGGAGGCAACGGAGGACAAAGGAGCUUACCUUUGCCAUUUCUCACACCUCCAGCACUCCCAUGGUGCACAGGGUGAGCCUGGCACCUCCAAAAGGUCCCUGGCCACCACCCUUGCCCUUGUUGCCUUCACCAUCUGGGGCAGCCUGGGCCCCCCCAACAGCCUUUGACCUGCUGAAAAGUAUCUGGCUCGUAGCCACACCACCCCCUCCCCAGCCCUGGGGGGUCGGGCCACAACAACCCCUGCCUCAGCCACCAUCACCCUUGUUGCCUGGAACUUCUGCCCUGGACUGGAGCCCCAGCCCUCCUGCCCCACUGCCCAGCCUCUCCUGGGUAGUGGCCCAGAGCAGCCCAGAGACCUGGUCCUUUCCACCCAUGAGACUGUACUGAGGGGGCUGAGGCUGGGCCGGGGGUACUCCUAAUCACCUCAAUAAAGUACCUUCUACAUGA